AUGAAUGUCGAGUUAAAAAAGAUGUACGCACAGCAGCUCCAGCUUUUGAACUCUAUGCGGGAAGCACUUGGGAAGAAUGGUGUACUCGAGGGGUUAAAGUUUGUUGAACAGUUCCAACCGACAGCCGAUCGACCCUUUUUCCUGGGUGAUACGAGUGAGCCGAUGCUAGCAGAAUUAUCGAGUAAUUUGGCUCAGAUGCAUCUACGCGCAGACCAGAAAAUGCCGAUUUUAGGGAAUAGCCCCUCUGUCACUUUGUCCACCCGAACAAAGCAUCAUGGACUCUGCGAAACUCGAAUCGAAACCUCUUCCAUUACACCACUCGUGUGUUCGGCUCAAGAGGCUGAGCGGAUUUUGCUGCACCACAUCACCAAGAGCAGCGUUAAACAAGCCUUCGACUUUAAUGAGAAACAAAGCUCUCGCGAACAACAAACGGCCCAUGGCCGAAGCUGCGUAACGCAUCUGUACAUUCAAAACGACAAGCUGGAUGCCCCUCGCUACGCCAAUGCAUUUGGUGUCUAUCGAAAGUUUGAAGAUAGGAAUCGAAUUGAUCUCGUGGGACAAGUGAGGUGGUUUGUACCUAGUGACCAUCUUCAUCUAGAUGAACAGUACUGGACGGUGAUCGAACCCUUGCCUGCAGAGCCUGAGCGCUUCUGUGUCGUUCGAGCGUAUUACCAGCUGGAAGGCAGAAGUGCGUGCACUGGAGUGGGAUCCCAACAAAAGGAAACGCGAGAUCACGUGAUGGAAGUUAUCGCUAAAAAGUCGCGCCAGUAUCUGCAGUUUAUGCAGAGCACUUUUCUAGACCAAGUGGACCCGAUAAUGCAACCUUCACCUGUGAUGCCGGCUUAGAUUCCUGGCAGGGUUGAUGAAAAUACAGCUGCAUUUGUUUAAUACAGUCAGUAUACGAUCUUGACUAAUCCAA